AUGGUUCAAAUUUCUCUGGAUGUUGACGCGAAACAGGCUUGGAAGCUGUUCAAGAUCCUCGACGCAAAGAGGUCGGGCCGCGUCUCCCUCGAGGACUUCGUUGAGGGGUGCUUGAAGCUGAGGGGGCCAGCUACGCGCGUCGACGUGGAGUCGCUGAAGUGGGACAUCAGAGGGGCUUACAAUCGUUCAGAGCACACAGCCAGGAUGCUUGCCGACCUGAUCAGAUUCAUUGAUCCGAACGGGCUCUUCCGCGAGACAGUCGACACGGCGGCGCCCGCGUGGACCAGCGCGCAGGGGUCGCACGUAGCGUCCGUGGGGGAUGGGAAGAGGCGGCCGUCUGUGGAGUGGCUGCCGGGGCGCUGGUGGUGUCGAACGUCCACGCCCAUCGCCACGGAUGGUGAACGUGAAGAUUUCCAACCUGGCAUCCGACCCUGCAUCCAGCCGGCCGUUGCCUGGAUGGCGCUCAGCGUCUUCCUCUUCUGGUGCACUCUUGUCGGUCCCGCGGCUUUCUGGCAGAGGGCCGUCCUCAGGGGGCACCAUGAAAACGGCGACCUCUGGGUGACCACCUCGAUAGGCUUCAGGGGCCUCUUCACGCAGCUCUCGACGCCUCUGCUCGGCGCCGCCUCCGACCGCUGGGGCCGAAGGCUGGCACAGGCGCUGCUGGUUGCCGCCUACUCGCUGUGGCUGGUUCCCCUCGCCAUCGCACCCUCUGCCGCGUGGUGCGUCGACCUGAGCGUCGUGCUGAUGGCUCUUGCCGGACUGGGGGGCUCGCCCUUCUACGUGCCGUUCGCGUACUGCGCAGACCUCACCCCCCAGAGAGAGGCGCACCGGCUGAGCGAGAUGAACGCGAGAAUGCUCGCCGCGGGCUUCUCCCCCGCCUUCGUGCUGGCGCCGAUCCUCUGCGACCUCCUGUUUCGGAUGACGAGCGAUCGGGGCGGGUGGUGUGUCCUCCUUGCCGUCUCCUUGUUCAACCUCCUCUUUGUCAUCGGGUUGCUGCCUGAAAGCCUUGGCGCGAGGAGCUCGCCAGUGACGCCGAGAUCCCGUCACAGGCCCUCUCUGGCUACUGCGGGUGCGGGCGCGGCGAUGACGCUUCCGCAGACGAAGCUCAAUCCGUGCUUCUAUUUCCGGCUCUUCUCUGCAGGUGGCCCCGCAGGGUGCCACGCCGCAAGGAUCCUUCGCCAGCUUGCUUGCAUCGUCUUUUUUCUUUACCUUGCAAAGAUGACAAUCAUCAGCUGUUCAAUCCUUUUUGCAGAGGAGCGCUUCGGGUGGUCUCCUCAGGAUGCGGGGUUGCUUCUGAGCUUGUGGGGAUUCGUUCAAUUUGUUUCGCUAAGUGCCCUUGCAUCCGCUGGCAGAUGCCAGUGCCAAUGGGCACACGACGAGCGCGUUGUGCUGUGGAUUGGGACUGGUGCCGCACUCCUCUCGAUGAUGCUGUUUUCAGUCACGACGCAUGGUUGGCUUCUUGUCGUCGCUAUGGGCGUCGGUGCUGUGUCCAUGGUAUCCCUCACUGCGAUCACAGGUUACGCGGGGCGGCUCGUCGGCCGCUCCAUGCAGGGGGAGAUCCAGGGGCUCAUGAGCACUGUGCUCGCGCUGACGGAGAUCCUGGGUCCGCCCCUCUUUGGCGCCUUGCUAAGCUGGGGCAGAAGCCGUGCUGCAGUAGCCUGGUGGCUCCCCAACGCGCCUUUUGUCGUGGGCAGUUUUUCCGUUAUCGUUGCCAUGGGGUUCACCUUGGGCUUGCCCGGUGCGGCAGACGCCGUUCAGCGCUGCAGGCAGUUGGAGAACGGCAUUGCCACGCAGGCCGGGCGCGGCCUGUGGGCGCCGCUGUGCGCCGUCGGUUGCGCAGGGGCGGCCGCCCCGGGCGCCGCGCCGGCGGCUGCCCCGCCGUUCCACGUGCUGCUCACGGGCUUCGGGCCGUUCCUGAACUUCACCCACAACCCCACGGAGGCGGUGGCCCGCGCCUUGGGCUCCAGGUGCCUGCCCGUCGUCAUCCGGCCAGAGCCGGGGCGGGCGGACCCCGCCGAGGAGGUCUUGCUCACGGUCUGCUGGCACGCCGUGGUGCUGCCCGUGAACCGGUCGGGGGCCACGUGGACCACGGAUCACCUGGGGCGGGCGUGGGAGGCGAACGGGAGCCUCCCGUACCACGCCGUGUUCCACAUGGGCCUGGAGGACUCGGCUAAGGGCCUGAAGCUGGAGGUGGCCGCGGCCAACGUCCAGGCGAUUGACGGCGACGCGCCCAAGGGGGGACCCGCGGUGCCUGGGGCUGAGCACCUGCUGGCCACCACCGUGAACAUCGGGUGGCUGUCCCUCCGGCGGCUGCGCGAGGCGGCGCCGCGGGCCCGCUUCGCAGAGGCGGGCGAGCUCUGGAGCAGGGACCCGGGCACGUUCUACUGCAACGAGGUGUACUUCCGCACGCUGCACUUCAUCCGGGACAGGCAGGUCACCGCGGCCACGGGCGCGCUGCUGCCAGCGAUGUUCCUGCACUGCCCCCCUCAGGGCGUCCGCGGCGUGGAGGCGGACGCCGAAACCGUGAGCCAGGUGGUGGGCCACAGCCUGUGGGCCACCUACCUCGCGCCCGGCGCGGCGCCCGGCGCCGGGAGAGCCCAACUGCCGCUGGCGGACGCCGCGCCAGUGGGCGGCGAUACGGCGCUCCUGGGCGCGACGGCCGCCGUCCUCGCCGCCCUCGCCGCCCUCGCGGCGCGCGUGCGCCUGGCGGGCGCCCUGCGCGGCAGGAUCCCGCGCCUGCGCGGGAGGCGGGCGGCCACGGCCACCGCGGUCGAGCACGCCCAGGGCGCCCUGAAGGAGGAGCUCUCCCAGAUCCAGGCCAUCGCGGCGAAGUGGAGGGGCGAUGCGGGGUUGUACCCGCACUGCGGGCUGGCCGUCGAGGCCGUUGGGAGCGACGACCCGCGGCUGCCGCCCCGAGCGGCGCUGCUCCCAGCUGAGGCGCGCCGCCUGGGAUUGAGCGAGCGGGGCCGCCUCGGCAAUGCGUCGAUCGACGGCAACGCUGGCGCCGUCGCGGCAAGCAGGUCGCCGCCGCCAGACGUGGCGCCCGCCGCCAGGAGCUGGAUGUGCUGGAGGCCGCGCAACGCAUAA